CCAUUUUGCGACUGUAGUGUGUAGCCCGAAACAUAAGCGGCUCUACUUUUUUCCUCGUUCGGGCGGCUUUGCGGAAGAAAAACAUUUUGUAGACCUGCCUGCUGGCAGCCGCGGAGGUCCUGCGCUCGUGUCCAUCUAUGUUUCCACUCUAAAAUCAUUCAGCUGCCAGCGUGUAAAUAUAUUUCCGAGGGAUCUGAAUUAGGAGCAAACAGGAAGAGGCAGGGAUAAGAAAAGACACAAGAGAAGGGGCGGGAUGAGAGAGGGAAACAGAGUGGAAGAUAUUGAUAGACUGAGACUCACAGAGAAUCUUGAGGAUUAAAAAUCUCUUCAAGCUGUUAAAGAUGAAGCCCUUCAAAAAACUAGGCAGGCGGUCACCUCCUUCCACGCGAGCUAAGGGGGGGAAAAGAAAGGGGGCGGCCGAUGCGAGCCCAGAGGAAGAGAAGAGAGACGCAGAGGAAAAGCUCAAACUUUCGCCCCCCUCUCCCAAGAGACAAAGCUCCUCAAACUCAGACUCUUCACUGGAGGAACCAGUGAGAACAAGCAGGACUCCAGAAGUAGAGGGACAAAGAGAGGGAAUACUGGAUGUAACAGGGGAAUGUGGGAAAGUAGAGGAGCAUUCUGGGAGCUUUAAGUCAGGUGGAGCACAGAGUGACAGCAACAGCAGCACAGCAAGCGCCAAUAACAGUCCCAACCCCUCAUCCAGCCGCAAGACAGCCACCUUUAAGGCCCGCGUGCCCAAGAAGAAGUAUACCUCUGAGCACUGUGCUGGAAACCAUGGCAACGGCAGCACUCCCAGUACUCCCCCACAGAGCAACAGCAGCACAGCUCACAAUGGCUCUGGUGCUAGUCAGGGCUCGGCUGCUGCCGUUCACACAAACUCACACAGCCAAAGCAACCGGCUUGCUGAGGACAGUACUACAGGGGUCAUUCACAACAGUGUGGACAGAGCAAGAGAAGAAGGGGUUGAGAGAGACAAGGUGAGCACUUCCAGUCCUCAGCGCUGCUCCUCUACAGACACAGCCAGCGAACACUCCGCUGAUGUUGAAGUGGUAGCAGGACAUCCGGACCACCACUCAAAUUUACAAGCACAGGCUGGUCCCACGGCUCUACAAGACAGUCUGCCAGCUGGGCUGUCUGAAGCGCUGGCCAAGGGCUUAAAGAACCAGAGGGUCCUGGCCAGGAUUGGUGCAAAAAUGGGGGAAGGAUGGCCACCCGAUAGAGGGCACGAAUCUCCGGGUGUUUUCCAUGCUGGUGUCCUUCGAGAAGUCAUCAGGGAGCAGGGGUAUGUGGAGGUGCAGCUGAAUGGUGAGAAAAGUUUAUGCAAAUACCCAUUCCGAGGGACUACUGAAACAGUGGACCUGAUUCUAGAUGCACCCCCUCCAGGGCAGGCACCUGUGGCCAUAGGAACACGUGUGUGUGUGCCUUUUGGAUGUGGCACUCCGGGCAGUGAGGGUGCACAACAGUGGUACAGAGAAGGCCAGGUCACUCAGGUGGACCCCCACCCUGCUGUGACUUACCCAUACCGUGUUCAGCUGCGGGAGGAUCCUGCAGAUGAGAAGGAGAGAAGAGCAGCAGAGGAGGAAGGCAGGGGUACCACCGCUCAGGGAGUGUGGGUUUCACGGCAGAGCCUUCGUCUCCUGGUUCCACCUUGGGACUUGGAACUACCACUGUCUGCUGAUCAAGGGAAUGAUAGUCGAAGAGUGAGGGUAAGAGAAAGAGAGUGGGAGGACAGAGACGAGAUGGAAGUGGAACAAGAGCUGUGCCAUCUCAGCAUGGUGCACGGGCCAGUGUUAGUAAGAGGGAUGUUACACCCUGGAUCGGCACCUUCAUUACCACCCUCUUCCUCUUCCUCUGUUAGCUCUGCUAUCACGUCUGUUCUCAACAUAGCUCCCGACCGAGACUGGGAACGAAGCCGAGAAAAGGAGCUAGAGAAAGAAAGAGAACUGCACAGGCAAUUAGAAAAAGAGAGAGAAAGGGAAAGAGUUAUUCUACAACAACCUGCCCCAGAAGAAGACAUGGAGGUCAGCCAUUUCAGCAUGGCCCAAAUCAGGGAGGGUGGCCUCCCUUCAGUCAUGGGCAGCAAAUCUCUGCCCUCCCAGCACCGGCCCAUUCUCUCAAAACCUACAGACUACCUCAGCCCUCAUCUAUCGGUGGUGAGAGGCAUUCCCGCCCCCCUAGGACCUCACCUGUCCCUUAUAGCUCAUCCAACCCCCUCCCCUGUACUGCUAGGUCUGGACCCAAAUGCAGGAGCUGCAGUCAUCACUCCACAGUUACCUCCCUUGCCUCCAUCCUCUUCCCGCAGUUCCCUGGAGAAGACCUCUACUUCCAGCUCCCACAGUGCAUCGGGGGUUGGCUCAGGCUCCUCAUCUUCUUCAUCACGUUCCCGCACACCACUCACAGCUGCCCAGCAGAAAUACAAAAAGGGUGAUGUGGUUUGUACUCCCACAGGCAUCCGCAAGAAAUUUAAUGGGAAGCAGUGGCGUCGGUUGUGCUCUCGGGAGGGCUGCUCCAAAGAGUCCCAGCGACGUGGCUACUGCUCCCGCCACCUUUCCAUGCGAACUAAGGAGAUGGAGGCAGGAGGAGGAGUGGGCCGAGAUAGGAGCGGUGCCAGCAGCACAGGCACCCUCACACCUGACCUCCGCUUAGGAGGUCGUACCAGCAGUGAGUUUGACUGGGACGAGACUUCACGGGAUAGUAGUGAAGCCAGCAGCCGUGGAGGAGACUCCCGCCCUCGUCUUGUCUUGCCUUCACUCCUACCACAAGAACUGCCGCGUGACCUGUCACGCUUUGACUUUGAUGAAUGUGAGGCUGCAAACAUGCUGGUAUCACUGGGCAGCUCACGUUCAGGCACUCCUUCAUUUUCACCAGUGUCCAAUCAGUCGCCGUUCUCUCCUGCCCCAUCUCCUUCACCAUCACCACUUUUUGGAUUUCGCCCAGCCAAUUUCAGCCCCAUAACUGCCCCUUCACCUCUUACCUCUCGCCGCCCACGUCAUCUUAGUGGCACUAAGAUGGGCACACCUGGUUCGGAGAGGGAACGUCACCUGUCAGGCAUCAUGCCCACUUUCCAGACCAACCUGACCUUCACUGUGCCCAUGAGUCCCAGCAAGCGCAAGUUGGAUGCUCCACUUCCACCACUUCCCAGUGCUCCUGACUACGCUAAGUCUGAUCCUCAGCUGAGCGACCUAGGACUGAGCAUAAAUGCUGCAGCCUUCAGGGCGGUCUCCCCUCAAAGCCAGCCGACCACCCCCUCCUCUCUUUCUUUUCCUCGACCAAGGAGUGCAACCAGCCGGCCCUCGUCUUCUGCUGCGUCCACCCCUCCGCCUAUGUUGGUUUCCCCCACACCUCCUUCACCUCUUCCUCAGGACCCUAGCCCACGUCGCAUUCCCCUACGGGAUUCACCUGUGAUCGUGCGCAACCCUGACGUUCCCCUGGCUAAGUUCAGUGAUGGGCCGCUGAACCGGAGAGCAGGUGCACGUUCAAGAGAGUACAGUCAACCACCUCACCUUGCUGUCGGCCUCCAGGCUCCGGUGCCUAUUAACAGAGCUACCCCAAACGGUGCCGUCUUGCUCCGCAACCCUCCUCCCACUUUAGUGCUGGUGACCUCAGCCCAAUCACUGACCACUGUGGCCGCUGGACGUCCAGCUCACUCAAGCCCUUCCCCCAGCAGUGUGUCUGUUUCAAAUGCAAAAAGAGAAAAGAGAAAGCCAGGUGAUCAUGCAGAUGCAUUAGGAGGUGUGCUGCCACAGCCUGUGGCAUGUCAUCCAUCUCCGACUGCCCUCCUUCCCCUCAUCCUGCCAGCAGAGUCUCCACAUCCUGCACCCCGCAAGGACAUCAUCAUGGGACGACCUGGCACAGUCUGGACCAAUGUGGAGCCUCGGUCUGUUCCAGUGUUUCCCUGGCAUUCAUUGGUUCCUUUCCUGGAAACCAGCCAAUCAAAUGUAUCCACCCAACCUGCUGAUGGUCAAGCACUUCAGAGCAAAGAACCUCGGUGUGGAGUAGCUCUUGUGACAGAAGGACGUACUGGCCAAACAAGCGCAGAGAGGGGGUCGCCCUCCCGCCCACCUCCCUUGGUAGAGGAUCCUCCAGCAGAGAGAGAAGGAGGAGGAGACAGUGAGACAGAGAGUGAUGCUGAUGACCUAUUUUACUCAGGUGGAGCCCAAGACCCUCCUUCCUCCACAGGUCCAGUGAAGAGACGGACUCAGUCACUCAGCGCUCUACCAAAAGACAGUGAGAAGAAGAGAGAGAAGGACCACAUCCGUCGGCCAAUGAACGCGUUCAUGAUCUUUAGCAAGAGACACCGUGCCCUAGUGCACCAGAGGCACCCAAACCAGGACAACCGCACAGUCAGUAAGAUCCUGGGAGAGUGGUGGUAUGCACUGGGUCCCAAAGAAAAGCAGAAGUACCACGACCUUGCCUUCCAGGUGAAGGAGGCUCACUUCAGGGCACACCCUGACUGGAAGUGGUGUAAUAAGGACAGGAGGAAGUCUCUGUCUGAAGGCCGGGGCACUCCAGGGACCAAAGAGACUCGAGAGCGGAGUGUUUCUGAAAGCACAGAUUCCCAGUUAGUGUCUCAGGGGGUGGAGCAGAAAGCAGCAGGUUCAAGUUGGGCGUCACCAGGGUCUGAGCGACGUGGAGGGCCAAUGGGAGGCCAGCACCCACGGCCCCGCGCCUUUUCCCAGAGUGCAGUGCAUAGCCUGGAGAGGAGAGAACGAGAAAGGGAUAUGGAGAAGGAUGGAUCAGGUUCAUUUCAGACUCGUCCCACUUCUGUCUCGCAACGCAGGGCAAGUGAGGACGUGACGAGUGAUGACGAGCGAAUGGUCAUCUGUGAAGAAGAUGGAGAUGAUGAUGUUAUUGAUGAUUCUUUUCCAGAAGGCUCAAUAGAUUUGAAGUGUAAAGAGAGAGUGACAGACAGCGAUGAAGAGAAUGACCCAGCAGAUGAGACUGACGGCAAGCCAGUGGUCCGUCCCAUUUCAUUCUCACCUAGAGGCUUAUUGUCUAACAACAAGGACACAGGAAGCCAGAAGGAGAACACAGAGAGCAAGAGACAGCACAACACAGAGAAUGGAAAGCAAAACGGAAAACUCAAAGACGGGAAAAUAGGAGGAGGUGGAGGAGCAGCAGGAGGAGGAGGGCAGGUCCCCUCCCAGUCACUCCAGUCAUCCAUCACUGGUCUGAGUGUCACUCCUUCAGCUGAACCAGCAGUAUCACAGGUGCUGGGGGCUGUCCGGAUAGCCCCCACAGUGGUGACCAAUGUGGUACGACCUGUGGCCAGCACACCAGUUCCCAUCGCCAGCAAACCUGUAGAAGGGGGAGUUGCUUUCGGAUCUCCCGCCCCCGAUGGGAAAGCCAAACUGCCAAUUGGUGCAGGAGGAGCAGCAGGCAGUGGUGGUGUUCCAGGGGGUGGGUACUUUCCGUCCUCCUCGCCCAAACCUGUUGGCCCAGGAGGCCUACUUACAGGUUUAGUCCUUGGAGGAGCCUUUCCAAGCCAACCCACUGUUCAGCUCAUUACCCCACCCCAACCCCUGCAAGCCUCCACCCCCAGUAAUGGAGCCCCCAACAACAGUGCUCUGCCUAUUCCUCUGCUUCAUCCUCAGUUCCUCCCAACAGCCUCUCUCACCCCACCUAGUGGUGAAAAACCUGUGACUCAGGUGCAGUACAUCCUCCCGACUCUGCCCACCACAGCCCACCCAAACAGCCCCUCCCCCCAGCACACGCAGCAGCCAACCAGCGUCCUUGCUCUGCCCACUGCCCCUCCUGCACAUGUAUCCCUGGCCAAUGGAUUGCAUUCAGGGGCUGGGCCAGGGAUAAGAUAUGCCUCAGUGGGAGGGGUCAGCCCUGGAGGAAGAGUUCAAGCACAGUCUCCAGUCUUACAAAACAAGAUGCUGGUUCCCAUGGCAACAGUGAGGACAGGAUCCACACCUCCACAGCCCAUAUCUCUCGUGGCUCCACCCCUUCCUGUUCAAAAUGGGGCUCCACCAGGAAGUAAGAUCAUUCAGAUUGCACCAAUGCCAGUGGUCCAAACCAAUGUUCAGCCUGGAGGAACAACUCAUCCUGCAGGAUCCUUUCCUGUCUCUGUGGCAGCAGCAACUGUCAUGGCUUCCGGCACAACCCCUGCUCAAACAGUGCUUUUGACUCCAUCUCCUACAAGGAUUACUUAUGUUCAGUCAACCCCGGGGGUUGCUGCUCCUUUGCCACUGGGAACCACAACAGCAGUUUCCUCCCCACAACAAGCCCCAGCUCCUCCAGGACCAGCGUUUUUGCCAUCUCCCAUGGCAACUCUCGGCUUCACUGCCAUCGCCCCUGCUGGUCACACAUUGGUGCAUCCUAUAGUGGCAGGCCAGCCUCCCCUUUUGGCUCCAGUUCCACCCUCCAACUGUUCGUCUCAGUCUGCCUCGGCCUCAGGACCCACUCGCCAGCUAGUGACCACCAUUUACCCCGCCCCCAGUGUCACCUUGGCGACGGGAGUGGUUUCCAUGGCGACCGUGCCACAAAGCGUGGCCAGUUCCACAUCAACUCCUACAUCCCCCUCGUCACCUCAUACGAAGAUAUCCAUAGCAUCGGCCGCGCACUCGCAGCCGCAGACUCACGCAGAGACGCAGUGCAGGCAGGAGCAGGUCACCGUGAAGACUGAAAGCACUAAAGCCACAGACACAGAAACCCACAGAGACACGGUGCUGUCAAACACAGCGGCUCAGACGCCCCCUGCUGCUGGGGCAGAAUCAUCACGGGCUACCAGUCCAACUUCACACUCUAAUACAGGGAGCGGAUCAGCAGCCUCCAAAUUACCCUUGGUCCAUCAGAAGGUCAAAAGUCAAGUGAAGCACGUCCUCUCAUAUCAGCAUGGGGAAGAGAAAGAUGGAAAGAGGGAUGGCAGUAUGGACCGUGAGAGUAAUAUGGAUGGUGGAGGUCGGGGUUCUUCUCGAACAGAAAGACCAGGAAGAGAGAAAGGAUCAGAGGGAAUCUCUAAGGGUCUGCUCGCUGAAAACGACUGUAAGGAGGACCAUGGCAGAGAGGCUGAAAGGAGGGAUGCAUGUGGGCUGGAUCUGCCUCCACCACCACCACAAACUGACACUCCUACAACCAAGAAGACCAAGUCCCGCCCCCCGCCACUCAAGAGCACCACUGAUCCCGUAGACAAAGUUCUCUCUGGAACCUAUUUUGAGGAGCGUCUAGCUGAGCUGCCGGAGUUCAAGCCUGAGGACGUGCUGCCUUCACCCAACCUGCAGAGUCUAGCCACCUCUCCCAGAGCCAUACUGGGCAGCUACCGUAAGAAGAGGAGGAACUCCACAGAUCUGGACUCUGUUGAUGACCCCAGUUCUCCGAGGAGAAAGAGCCGUCGCUUGUCCAGCUGCAGCUCAGAACCCAACACUCCCAAGAGUGCUGCCAAAUGUGAAGGAGACAUAUUCACCUUUGACAGAACAGCAGGAGAAACAGAGGACAUUUUAGGGGAACUGGACCGUGUGCCAUAUUCCUCCCUGCGCCGCACACUGGAUCAGCGCCGGGCCCUCGUCAUGCAGCUCUUUCAGGAGCACGGGUCCUUCUUUCCCUCAGCUCAGGCCACGGCUGCUUUCCAGGCCCGCUACUCAGACACGUUCCCCACCAAAGUGUGUCUGCAGCUGAAGAUUCGUGAAGUGAGGCAGAAGAUCAUGCAGACAGCCACACCCGGCAGUCUGGAGAUCACAGGGCCUGGAGGAGUUACUGGAGGAUCAGACUCCACCUGUAACCCCGGACCCUCUAAUCCUGUGAGCAGGGAGGAAGGAGGAGGAGCAGAACUGGAUGAUAAAGGCCCGGGACGAGAUGAGUUUAAAAGCGGCAUGGGCGAAUCGCAGGAGCUGAAAUGAGGACUGAUGGAGAGGACAGACAGACAGAAUGUAGACGGAACGUAGGAGUAGGUGUAGUAGGCGAGUUUUAUAAACUUCACCAACAAUGUAGAGCACUUACGUGGAUUUUAUUGCAUUUCUAACCAACAGUGGAUUUCGUUCCGUUUGGUUCACUUUGUUAUUUUCCUGUCACUGGACGUAAUCUCUGCGGCAAGGAGACAGUUAGACAUACUCAACAACACAUAUUUUAUGCAAGUGCACAUGAGAAAAAAAAACGUUCACACACAUUUACAACAACUGGCACAAGAACCUUUUUCCGUAAAACGUCUGGCGGCACUUCUCAAAGCCAGGCAGUCUUUGGUUCACCAUUCACUUCCUCUCUGAGUUUCAGAGCCCUUCGAUGCUGCACUUCAGGCAGCACCAAACCGGCCUGUCUGCACAAUAUUUCCUUGCCUGGUGUAGAAACGAGACUGUUCGGAGGAAAACGAUAGGACGAAAGCGCUUGCACUUUCAUUUGUGAGAGACCGAGACUGAAAGCAAUAGCUGGAGAAGAGGAGGGUCUUCAUGCGAAUGGGCCACACACCGUUUCAGCUUUUAGAUGCAGGCUCAGAACCAAACUUUCCAAAAGCAACAAACCCAAGACUCACUCACUCACCUGCAGCCGAGCAGAAAAACAGAGGCUUCAGUGACCACCAAAACCGCGCAAACAACAACAGCAACAACAACAACAGAAAACAUCAACACAGCACACUCAACCCGAGAGCGUAGUGUCCUUCUUCGUAAAUGGAAUCGAGCAAAAUGGAAAAAAGAGACACUACACUCUACACUAUGAAUCAACUCGUAGUUAUGCUUCGUCACUUGUAGUUGUUGUGUCGUACUGGUGGAACUGACUGAUAUGAUAUAUUUUUUCUGUAAAAGCUUGCUCCUCUCUUCUUCUUCUUACUCUGGUGACAUUUCCAGCAUGGACUAAUCAAGCUAUCCCAGUGAUGGGGCAAAAAAAGAAGAAAAAAAAAAGACUGUCUCUGUUUUAGCCUCUUAGCUGAAGCUCUUCUUCUCAGGCCUCCAUUUUGGCCUUUCCUCACCCACUACCCCCUCCACCUAUCACUGUACAUAACCGUGACGGCUUGGGGCGCGAGGCUCUUUGCGUUUUUCUCCCAUUUUUUGAAAUGUUUUAAUCAGGUGUUUGCACAAUACGCGGUUCUGGAUCGCAAUUUAAAUCAGGAAAGUAUUUGCUUUUAGAGAUAUUUAAAAAAAAAAACAACAACCAACAACUUUGUUCCAUUUCAAUUGAUUCCUUCCCUACCUUUUCAUAGGUUCUGCCCUCAAAAAAGAGAGAGACCUUUUUGUCUUUUUUUUUUUUGGUUUGUUUCUUUGUCCGUUACUUUACUGUUUGUAUUUUUCCCCCUCUUCUCCUCAGACUUUUUACCUGAAGUGUUGUUGGAAAGCGCCCGUACAGUGCUGGUCCAGAGUCAGAAUAAGCUCUGUAGUCUGGGAUGAUAUCGAAUCAGGAUUACGCAAGGGAAAGCUGAUCUGAGACCAGUGCUGAGGUGGCAUUUCUCAGGAUCUUCUCUUCCUUCUUCUGCCACUUUACUUCUUUCAUUGGUGCAAUAGGACAGUGUGGAUGGGAAAAUUCCUUUGGUUUAGACGAGUGACUGGUUUGUGCCAUAGAUAUUCACUGUACAGGCUGACAAAGCUGUCGCGAUAUGAUAUAUAUAUUGAAAAAGAGUUAAGAUAAGAAUUAUAAUAACAUUCAUAAAUGAGUGUUGAGGAAGUAAUCCAAACAGAACAGAACAAACAAGCUAAAAAAAAAAAUUAACCUAGCACUUUUUUGCGUCUUGUUUUGCUGAGAGAAGGAGUAAUGAGUAUAUCGAUACUUCUCAGUCUUCACUUGAAUGUGUGACAAUAUAAAUAUACAUAUAUAUAUAUUUCUAUAUGUCCUUAAUAUACAGGUGUUUUGUGUAUGAGUGUAUGUAUGUAUGUGUGUGUGUGCGUGCGCACGCCCAUGCGCUUGCACACUUGUGUGUGUGUGUGUGUGUGUAUGUGUGUGUGUGUGUGUGAGCGUAAAUGCUGAUCUCUAAUAUGCAUGUUGGCAGACCAGACUUGCCCCCAUGCAAAUGCAUUCUAUACUAGAAGACUGUUACCAUAUGCGUGUACGCGGGUUAUUAUUGUGGAAAUACGGGAAAUUCUCAAGCAUAUGAAACCACAUAACUAGGCGUUAACUUUACUUUUGGCACAUUCGUGUUUUUUUUUCCUUACCCUAAUACCAGAGCGACGCUUACACACGCACACACACACGUAUACCUGCACAUGUAUGCGUGUUACACCUUCUGAUUGUGUAUCCAAUGAAACUGUCCUUAUUUUGGACUGGAGAAGGAAUUUUAGAAUGAGAAAGAUGAGCGUGAGCUCAUGAGCAGGCAUGUUGACCAUGUGCAAUAUUUCUAAACAAAAGAAUAUUGAAAAUAUUAAAAACCUAACACACA